UAUGGAAAGCUUUCUCAUUCUUCAGCCGAUCGAUCAAACUGAAUCACUCAAUCAAGCUGUGCAGCAACUUUUAAUAUCAAUAUCCUAAUAUUAAUUGUAGUAGUCAGCUAGAAAGAGAUAGAAUGUGGUGACAUCUUAAGUGUCACUUUGUCAAAGUUGACCACCUGUGAUUCUGUUCCUCCGCCGCCGUCGACGCUCAUAUCGAUCUGAUGACGUGCUACCACGUGACUGCCACUCGACGCCUCGAUUGGUCUUUCGCUGCGAAGCUACGAUUUUUUUUCGCCUUCGUGUCGCACUUGCAAGUGCGUGUUUUUUUGCACAAACGUCUGCUGGCAGCUCUGGGAAUACAUUUCACUGAAUGUAACCGACUGGAUUCCUUUUGCGUGCACAAAUCUUACAGAAAAAAACCGGGAGGAAACGAGAGAAUUGAAUUCUUAAACUGACACACGUCUCAUCUUCAGUAAAAUAGAUGCUACACUGCUGGUACAAGCGGAGGCAAGGAGUCUGCCUCCCUGUUGCGAAACGCUUAUUUUCAUUUGGAAAUAUUACAACAGAUUUUACUCAUUUAAAAAGCUUCACUCAUGACCCCAGAGGAUUACCUUUCUGUGAACAUGGAUAUUUUACGGACGGUUAGGAGGCAUAAAGAAGGUAAUGGCUAUAUAUUUAAAUUAUAAAACAACAAUGUUGUGGAAUUUACACAAGUUGACGUCUAUUGUUGGUAAAUAACACCAAAUGCAUUCCCUGCAUAUUGCUACACAGCGGACCCGAUUCUCUCGUAGCACAAUAUUUCACUGAGACACAAAUGACAGCUAAAUAUUUCUUUAUAUUCUACGACUACAAACAAAGGUCACCCUUCAUUCACUUUGUUCUCCAUCACAAAAUUCCUCGCUAAUCUAUGAAACACGUUAAUAUUCCUGCUGAAUAACCAUUCCUGUUAUUUUGUCAAUACUGAAAAAAAAAAGUGAAAAACAAAAAAAUAGCAAGAAAAAGAAAAAAAGUUUCUCUGCAACUGGCAAAGUUGGGUGUGUUUGCAUAUGUAAAAAAAGAAAAAAAAAAGAAAGAAAAUUGUAAUCAAUAUCUAUUAUCUUUCCUCUGUCCUCUACACACCUCAGUAGCCCUAAACCUGUCCUUGUGGCUUGACUACCACAGUAUGUAUGUCAUUGUAAAUAUAUUUAUAACUCGCUUUCUCAUCACCAACUACGUGGACAGCUGUUACAUGCGGCAGAUCAGCUCUUUCUCUUCGGAUCUAUAGAACUGAUUGAUUUUUAUUCAUGGAUUACAUCUUGGAUUAAAUCAACUGUUUAUCUAUUCUCAUAAAACUAUUUAAAACUGCCGUUUUCCUUUUUUCUUCUUCUUCUUCUCCGAUGUUCUUUCAAUGAAUCUAAAACGAUGAAUGCGUCAGGAGGAGUCCCAGCCAUGGACGGAGCGUUCGAACGGUUUAUCACGGCCGCUAUCGCCACCAUCAUUACUAUCAUGUUUUCUUGGAGACUCUUAACCGAUGUCAACGAGUACGACUCCACCAUUCCCAUCAUUUCCCCUCCACCGCCCAGGCUGAAACAUCUCACAGAAGAUAACCAGGAAACAGAUGAUAGUAAUGAUUACGAUAACUUUUCAGACGCUGACGACGAAGCUGAAAUCGAACCCGCGACCUGCGAAUUCAAAACCUUUGCUUUUGCAAUGCCAGCGAGCCGCCAACAUUCCGAUCACAACAUUCCAGGUGUAAUCAGUCAUUCUAACAUUCCAAGUUCGGAGAUGAGCAACGUUCGUUAUCAUUCCACAAACAGAGCUACUUACUUUAUUGAUGACUGUUAUCAAACGACGGCGAUACCCAGAAAGACAGACAUACCUGGCGGAUGUGUGGAGCAGGAGAUAAGUUAUCAACCUGACGAGCCAUUAGGCCUGAAGGCAAAUAAUACAGCAGUAGCAGCAGCAACUAGUAGUAGUAGUAGUAGUAGUAGUAGUAGUAGUAGUAGUAAUAAUACAGUUACUGCUGCUGCUGCUUCUAGUACAGACAUUAAAGUAGGCAGCACGGUAAGAAGCCACCCUAUUGUAGCUAAGAGAGAGACAGGUAAAACUGUUUUUAUGUUGGGUUCCGCCUCGCCGCUCCAACAAGUUGUAUCACCCCCUCUGCUGGAGAGUGUUCACACUAGACCAAGGCUGCCCUCUGCACUUCAGCUCGGUAAUUCUCCUCAAAACCUCACUUCAGACGACUCACAAAUGACGACCGCACCGAGAUAUUCGUCUCACACGUCUAUAGAAACACCAACAACACCAUGUCUUUCUUCUACAUCGGCAAACGUAAGUCGUUCUUCUUUAACUCAAACGUCGUGUCGUGGAUCUCAGGUGAAACGACCACCUCCGCCAUUACCGCCUCGACGACCCCAAGGCGGCGGCGGUGAUGUUACAAACACCACGAAUAAUACUUAUAAUAAUAACAAUAUUACUUCUACUGCUACCUCUAUUGCUAGUCCAAAUGACCGUAAUACUACCAACACACACACAUCGACUGGCGAUCAAACUAAGAAACCUGCCGCCGCUCCUAUAUUAGGAAGACGAGCCAUGGCGAACAACAACAAAAAUAAUGUUGCUAACAAAACUGAAAGCUGUCAGUCUACAAGUACCAACAGUACCAAUAGCAGUAGAAGCAGCAGCAGCAGUAGUAGUAGUGGUAGUACGAGCAGUCUUGUGUGUAACCGUGAGUUUCGAGAUAUCGUCGAUGAUGAGGACUUCAAACAAAUGGUGCCCAGCCGUGAAAUGAAUUUCUUUCGUCCGAGGCAUCGAUACUGCCCUCCGCCACCCUCACCGUCCAAUUCCCAUUACUACGAUAUCGAUUCCGACUCAGACAGCGACUCUGAAGUUUUCUAUUUCAAUGGUCUGGAACCGAUCGAGGAAGAAGAUUCGGAUGAUUUAUCCUCCGACAGCGAUCGAUGCGAAGAGUAUGAAGUGAAAGGAAGCUACCCACCCUCUGUGAUUCACAACUACGACGACGACAACAACAAUUUCCACACCUUCAACAGAAGCAGCAGCAGCAGCUACAAGCAACCCAGUUCACAUAGUCUUACAGGUGUUCCAGCACGUGGCACUGCAGGUCUGUUAUUUUCAUCUCACCCUGGUGACGCUGCUACUACCAUCAACAAUCGAACGGCAUCGUUGCUGUCUGCCAGCAGCAAUCAUAAUAAUAGCAGCAUCUCGCCUCGCCAGCAUGGCAGAAGUUUCACGACUGAAAACAAAAACAAUGAAGCUGUUAGGAAUUACGAGGAAAGUUCUGUUGAUACGUCGUUCACGUCGCCGUAUGUGUCGAGUAGCGAUGAAUUGGCGGAGCGAGAAGAAGAGCUGGAGGAGAAAGACAAAGAAAUAAGGCCAAACAAUGUAGAGGAAUGUGACCAACCCAGGUGUGAGGAGGAUGGCGACACGAGUGAAGAUAAUAACAAUGUCACCUACACACACGCUACAGCUACUGUUGAACAGGCACCCAUUAUAUGUCCACCUAAACAGUUGUUUAAUAUACCGUCCUCCACUUCGUCGUCUUCUCAAUCAAACACUCAUUCAACGUCAGUAUUAACACCGCCAGAGCCGCCACCACCACCAACAGCAGCAACAGUUGAUAAUGUGAUAUCUAUUAAUAACAUUCCAGUCCAGCAUAUGUUUAGAGAUAAUAACAAUGGAGAUACGUUAAAAAAUACAUCGAAAGUUUGUGCAGAGGAACAGUCUAGUACCGAUAGUUUUGGUCAGGUGGAUAAUAUCGAUUCAACAAACAAACAAACGACUGUUCGAUCGACUGAUGAACUAAGCAACUCGUUAAAGAAAUCCUCGGUGACAGCACGACCCCUCAGUCAGACCAUCGGCGAUUUAAGUGACACGUCACGUGAUUUAACCACUUACAAUGAAAAUGCACUUUUGACUUUCACAACGUCUACAAACGAUCGUUCACAGCGAAUCAAGGAUGAUUCUGCAAACCCUGCACAGACUCCUCAAAAGUCUCGGGAACGAUCUUAUUCUGAUGGAGAUGUCAACCAAGAUGAAGAAACGAGCAGCAGUCCGUCUGAAAGUACUCAUGGUCUUAUACUCGAUAUCCGAGCUAACUCUACAACGAAAGAGGAAGCAGAGUCAUACGGAGAGGAAUUCCUAAUCAUAGGAAAGACUAAUCCACAGAAUUUCCAAACUCCUUCACCGGAUGUAUACUGUUCCAACCAAUCCAACUGGCCUAUCCAGCUCUACUUUGAUGCUACCAAGUCUAAUGCUGCCGAGAAUCCACCUCGUGGUUUUACAUUUUCCUACACAGAGCCUGGCGAAACGGCCUACAAAGCUCGCAGUUUUUAUGUCGAGAACUACGACAACAACAGCAACACUUUAAACAACAACAAUGUUCACCAUCAAUAUGAUGACAGUCGGAAUAUGUCGGAACUUAAUGAGAAUAAUAAUUUAUCUGCAGAUGAUCUGAAGUUUACUCCACCAAGGGACUAUGUUGAUAACCCAAUGAAAUUUGCUUCUGAUGAUAUUAAUGUCUUUACAGCUAGCAAGCUUGACAAUGGCCCCAUGAUAAUUAAGAGGGCAUUGUCGAUGACGAAUGCUGAACCAAAUAGACAACCUGACAACUACACCAGUCUUGAACAGCAAAACAGAUAUCUGUCAAAUUAUAAGGAACCAGAGAGUAUGGAAACUACAUUGUCUCAAGUACAGCAUGAACCAGAGAACCAAAGACCAAAGAGUUACGUUGAACAGGAAGCCGUGGAGAAUGUUUUACAGUACGAUGGAUUAACCGAAAAGGAUUUAUAUAUUAACAAGUAUUCGGAUUACGUUCAGAGUGAUUAUGUUACCCUUGUUACUAUGGAAAAAUCAUACCCUGACAUUUUAAAAAAAGGAAGUUUUAAUGAAAAUAGCCAGGAUAUAAAUUCCAAUGAUUACGUUGGGGAGGAGAGUAUGGAAGAUAGGGUAUUUCCUGAUGUGGUAAAAAAAGAUACAUACCCUGUCAGCUCCUUACAUCAAGAUACUGUUGAUCAUGCACAUGUAUCGACUUUUCCUGAUGUAUUAAACAAAGGAAUCAUUGAAAAAACACAGGAUGUGAUUUCUGAGGAUUUUACCGUAUUAGAAUGUAAGGAAAAACGACCAUUUCCUGAUAUUGUUGAUGGACAAGCUUACCAUGUUAACAAGCAUGCAGGUUAUGGUCAGAAUUAUUCUGUAAUGCAGGAAGCAGCAGAAAAAACAGGUUUUCCUGAUAUAGUAAAUAGAGAAGAAUUUCAUUUGGACAGACAUUUACAAGAGACUCAGCAGGGUUAUACAAUGGAAAGUAAAUUAAUUCAUCAAGAACCAGAGGAAGAUAUAAUUAAAAAAGAAAUUCCUGUAGACUAUAGCAGUCGAUUGGAUACAAAAGAGAAAUCUAGUUCUGAUUCAACAAGAAAUGUUCAAGAAUGCAAUUCUUCAGACGUAUCACACAUAGAAAUGGGGGCUGUUUUGAAACCCCCAUCUUUGAUAAAAAAUGAGAAUCGAAAGUCGAGUGAUCCGGUUCCAGAUUCAUAUUCUUUAAAUACAAGUGUUGAUCCUGUAAGAAAGGUAACUGUAUCACCUGAAAAUCUGUCCAAUUCUGAAUUAAGAUUAAAAACUGAACCGGCAGCCAGUGAAGAACUUGUUUCUAGCAUUGACUCUGAAGUAGAAUUUGAAGUUUUCAAAAGCGAAUGUUUAGCCCAUUCCGAGGAUUAUAGCAGUUUAUUGUCCCUUGAAAAGUUGGAUGAGUCAGGGAACAUGUACCCCAGUCAACACGAGUUGUCUUCAAAUAAAGCCGAAAGUGAUAAUUACGAGGGCAGCCUGUCUCUCGAAGAAUAUGAUGAACUUGCAGACUUUGUUAGUGACCAACUUAGUCCACCUCCAACAUCAGCUCUUCACAGACCAUUGACAGUUAAGACACAGCUAGGUGGCAGUCGUCAAGUUCCUUUAGUCCGACGGAAAAUUAAUGCUGUGCGGAAACGAUAUUUUGGCAGCGAAAACAACGUCUCCGAUUUAAUUGAGGAUGAAAAUUCAGUGAGCAACAGAUUUGCUAGAUAUCGCAAAACUUCCCUCAGAGCAUUGAAACGACGAGAUGCUGCUAAACGUCUUUCUCUACACAAUGACCAGGAGGCAAUCCAUGCUUCAAGGAUUAGGCCAAGUAAAAGUCUGAGUCACAUUAGUCAACUCUAUUUACGCAGUGAACCUGUAUGUAGGUACCCCCGUCCACCUUUCCAUGAAAUACACCCAGACUGUAUAUUGUCACCUGGCAAUGCGGAUAACCUUGAAGAAUCUAUUCAAGCUGCAUCCAUUGAUAAUCUCGAGUCUUGUUUAUCCCAAUAUGAUUCCUUUUGUUCUUUGGUGGAGACGGAUAUAGACACAGGGGAAACAACUGAGAGACGGUUCAGUUUUGAUAGUGAAGCUUUUGAAAUUCCUUUCUCUUUUCAGCCAUCCUAUUUCGGCAAGUCAACAAGUCUAAUGGAUCUACGCUCAGAACAGCAACAGGUAAGGCGGUCGACCGGCAAAAGCCGGUUUGCUGACCGAAAUGUACCGAAAUCAAAGAGCAUGCAGACACUUGAAACAAAUCUUGAUGAUGAUGCUGAUGAUGAAGAUGACCUUCUGGGUGAGUCAAGUUUUAGGCGAGUGCCGUCCAUUCAUGAGCUGAGAGUGUCACGUUCUUUACAAAAAUUAAAUGUUCCGGCUUGGUACAAGAAUUCAAGUGUGUCUCGCAGUGGUAGUUGUAUUCUAAACAGAGACAAUGACUCCAUGAAAUCUUUUGAUUGGAGAUUCAACGCAAGUCUUACUUCAUCUCCAGCCAGCAGCAUCAUUAGCCACCAAGCACCCGUUGUCAUAAAAACACGUGUCACACCCAGCUAUACUCGUUCAUAUUCUGCACCUCUAAAGACCCCAAAAUUAGUGCUGCCUCCAAAGCCGGCUAAUGUUCGACUACCAAGCGAUCAAUUCAGAAACCAAGAGAAACCAAAAGGUCUGAUGCCAAUUCCAAUAGUGCCCUUCUUAAAGAUACGAGAAAUGUUUGAGAAGAAGAGUCAAGAAAACAACUCACAACCGACUUUUCCCACUGCAGUUAGUCCUGUUUCUAAAACUCCAGUGAAAACUUCAAAACCAGAACCACCAAAACGGACAACUCCAGUCAAACGUGAACCCGAUUCAAUAUCACAAAGUAAAAAGUCUCCUGUCUCACCUGGAUUUUCUCCGGCUCUCCGGAUUGACGAAGCUAUUGAAGAAACGAACGAAGAAGAAGAACUUAUGGAAGAUACUAUAGAUGCUGUCAGUCAUAGUUAUACCUCGACACAGCCUAAUGUAACACCUGUCAAAUAUGAAAUUGCAAACGUCAGUGCUCCUGGAGCUGUAACGCUUUCUACUGCUCCACCAUUGAUUAACGGUAAUUCAACACACGUGCCAGAAGGCCGUCAUGUAUACUUCAGUAACAGCCCUAUAGUUGAGACCAGUGCAGAAGUGUCGAAUAAUGAAGUCCACGAACAGUACCAUACUGUUGAUCAGGCAGCACCAAUCAUCCGUCGACCUGUAGCCCGACGACCAGCUGAAGCAGACACACAACAACAGCAACAGCAACAACAACAGGAUGAGCCAUCAGCUAAAGCAACUCUGUCAGAAUCCAAAGUGCCAUCUGAGACUGGGACGACGCAAGACGAUUCGGAGAGUAAAGAGAAAAGCCGAAAGGUUGUGAAAGUAUCCGAACGAAUCCAAAUGUAUGACCAGGCAUCAUCAAGCAAGGAACCGGAGAAAAAUAAGGCAAGCAAAGAAAAAGAUUGGAAACCAAAAAUAUUCAGUUUCCGGGAUAAUAAAGUUGCUAAGAGCCAACCCAAGCAAACACCCCCACAACCACCGCCUCCAAAAGCCAAGCUCCCAGUGCCGUUCUUCCGAAACAGAAAAGUGAAGAAAGGGACAAGGCCGUAGACAUUAGACUCCACCAUCCGAAGAAGUCGGAAAAAUUGCUCUUGUCUUCUGUUAGCAUCUGCUUUAAACUGGUGCUUAUCCCAUAAAAUCAUAAAGGGGUACAUACAUACAUACAUACAUACAUAUAUAUAUAUAUAUAUAUACACACACAUAUAUAUAUAUAUAAAUAUAUACAUGUGUAUGUAUAAUAUACAUAUAUAUGUGUAUACACUUCUACAAAUGAUGUACGACAAAUACUGUCAGCUUCUGGCUCCAUCUUCAGGGUUAUGUCGACAUAGAGAGAGAUUGUCGACUUGUCAAUUGUAAAUCUAUCUGAUGGCUUUAGAAUUUGAUUUUUCUGUCCUUUUUACAGCUUUUAGCAGAAAGGACAGCAAUUCUGAAUUUUUUUUUUUUUUUCCUUCUCUUCAAUGAUUAACAAACUGUGAUUCCAGUCUUCAAAUAUUCCCUUGCCUCUCUUCCCCCCCCCCACCUUACUUGUGGCCAUUUUGAUAUCUAAAAAAGCAACACAGACUAUUUCUGAAAUAAAAGAUUUCUCCAUCAGUUGCUGGCUGCUGGAAGACAUUCAUUUUGCCUCUUAUUCAGUCUCCCACCCUGUCUUUCGUCAACACGGACAUGUUGUUUGUUCUCUGUCUUUCUGAAGAUUUCAACCAACAAAUUCCAAAUGCAUCUGCACACUUUUACAUGCAUGCACACACACACACACACAGAGAGUUCUAACUCUGCUUCACAUCCACUGAGAAGCGUUGGUAUUCCACAGAAAGCAAGAAUGGGGUUUCAACACACUCCCACACUACAUCUCACCACAUCAAACCACAUCAAACUGGUUACCUAAAACUUUUUUUUUUUUUUUUCUGCAUUCACCAUUUCUUUUUCUGUCCCAGAACAUUUUAAAGCUUGCUAAGCUUGCACUCAAUGAUCUUUUCAUUCCAGUUUCACCAUUUGCAUCUAUGUGCAUCACGUGCACUCAUUUUACAAGAUUUUUAUCGCUACCAUUUUCUUUAAAUGGUGCUUGUGCUGUUAUCUUUUACUGGAGUUGUUGAAUUAAUUAUCGAAAAUUGUUAUUUAUGUUAAAUUCAGUUUUUUUUUUUUAAUCUUGAAUUACCAAGAGAAUUCUGUCUAAAACUGUUGUCUUAUUGUUUCUUACAUCUCUCUCUGAUAUAUUCUUAUAAAUUUUUCAAGAAUUGAUUCUCUAAAAAUGUUAAAUUCUUUUUUGAUUCACUUCUAUGAAAGAAGAAUCAACUAAAGAUAGUUUACCAAAAAACAAAAAAAGAACAAAAAAAAACUGCAUAAUUCCUUGUGAAAAUUUUGCUAUUUCUUCUCCGUCCUAAAGUCGAUGUUGAUUAACAAGAGAUGAAGUUUUGAAGAAUGUUAAGUAGAAUCUCUUAGACAAAUUUCUAACAAUCCAAAUAUAGAACUCUUUUACUAUUCUGCAAUGGUAACUUUUGUUUUCUUAAAGGAUUCAUUUUUUAAAUGGCUGUGGAUGGCAAGAAUCCUGAUUUUGUUUGUAAAUCUGUUCCUUCGUUGGUUACAGUGUAGCUCAGCUGUUGUUUGGUGUUUAUGAAGACUUCUUCAUGUAAAUAAGUUUGUAAAUAAAGCACAAAGCUACAUUUUUUUACCACAGAUUAUUGUAAUUUUAAUAUCAUAAGAAAGAUGGCAUUGCUAGUAAGUUUGUGUUUAAAAUCAGUUUUUGAACACUGACAAACUAUCUGUUUUGUAAAAUUACCAAUCAAAAUUUUUUGCUGUCUUUUGCUACUACGAAAGGUUUCUACCAAAAUCCUCAUGAUUGUCCAGAAACAAUAAAAUACUUGUUGUGGUUAAUUAAGAUCUAAUGAAUUUGUUGUCAUCAAGUUUUACCAGCACUCAUUAUCCAGUUUCACUCAAUGUGGAUUUUCUGUGUCAAACCUUGGCUAUUUUUGACAUUUUCAUUUCAAUGUAUUUGGGGAAACUUCUGUUAUAUUUACAUUGACCUAUCGAGGUACUGGCCAUGCUUAUAUAUAAGCCAUCAUGGACCUUUGGUCAUCUCAUAUAUCAUACAAAAUAUAAGCUAUCUGAUAUUUAUUUUGUGUAAUACUUUUAGAUAAUAGUAUCUGCUAUUGUCAACGCAAAUUCCUUAUUCCAUUAUUGUCUUGGAUUUUUAAUUAAAUACUUGGCCACUAAAAUAGGUGACCUUACCAAUAUCACAGGAACCAUUUAGUCUAUUGGAACAUCAAUUAAUUAUAUUGAUGAAAGAUCAAUACUUGUAGUCACAUAACAAUAUUUAUAUACAACAAUUGAUACUAAAACUUCUUUUAUUAUGAAUCUUUUUGGUUUGAUGAAAAUUGCCUUCUUUAAUAGAAUAACCAAGAAUUAGAAGUAGACUUUCCUAUACUACAUACAACACAAUAUGCUAUAGUAUAUAAUAAUAUCAUCGUUGUUAUCAUUUAACGUCCAUUUUCCAUGCUGGCAUGGGUUGGAUGGUUUGACAGGAGCUGCACCAAGCGCCAUUGUCUGUUUUGGCAAGGUUUCUACAGCUUGAUGCUAAGCACUUUACAGAGUGUACUGAGUGUAAUUUAUGUGGCACAAGCACCAGUGCUUUUUACGUGCUGGUGCCACGUAACAGCAUAUAAAAAGCAUUACAAUAGAUUAUACAAAUUCUAUAGUACAGGGUGUUCAAAAAGUCUCUCCGUGGUAAGUGUUUUUAUUGCAAAAUAAAUAUCUAGAAGAUGGUAUAAGACUACAAAAGAAUAUAUUAGAUUUUACAAGACUUUAAAAAACUUUUUAUAGGAGGUAUUGAAAGUGUCAUCCUUCAUUUUCAAUACGCAAGCUGACUCUUCUACACAGGUUUUGAAAUAUAUCUUGGAAAGAAAAAAAAUCACUGUGGGGAGACUUUUUGAACACCCUAUGUGCAGCUAUACAGGAUGUUCAAAAAGUCUCUCCGCAGUGAGUAUUUUAUUAUAAAAUAAAUAUUUAUAAGACUACAAAAGAAUAUAUUAGACUUUACAAGACUUUAUAAGAGGUGUUGAAAGUAUCGUCCUUCGCUUUCAAUACAUUAGUUGACUCUUCUACACAGGUUUUGAAAUACAUUUUGGAGAGUUUGAUGCAGUAUGGACCGUGUGAAGGUUAUGAUUGCGUCUUUUAGCUCAUUAAUGGUUUUCGAGCGAUUCUUGUACACUGAUCCUUUACUUGCUCCCCAGGAAAAAUAGUCUAGUGGUGUUAAUUCAGGUGAUCUUGGUGACCAAAGUCCCUUCGAAAUAAUCCAUUCACCAAAAACUCUUGGUGAUGCGCAAAGUAUAUGCUGUAGCUCCAUCUUGCUGAAAGUAUGCAUUAUUAAUCUCACUUUCAGUGAGUUGGCCUAGAAAUGGAGAGAGACAAUAUUUUGAGCAAUAUCUCUCAGUGUUGUUGUCUUUAAAAGAUUCACUGCGGAGAGAUUUUUUGAACACCCUGUAUAUAUAAUAAUACAUAGUAUAUUAUAGUAAUAUGAUAUACUAUGUACAAUACAAUAGACUAUAUAAGAUACUGAAGUGUAUCUAAUCCCCAGAACAAUGCAGUGAAUUGGGGGAAACUAUUUUAAAUUAGUUUAUUCAGUUCUUCAUGUUAAAUAAAAAUGUACACAAGAUACUAAAAUGUGAAAACCGAGACCUGUUCUGAAACUUUAAUUUAAAAAGUUAUACUCCUUGCAGUAGAAACAAGCUAUUUUCCCAAUUAUAUCAUUAAAAAUGAUAACGAGAGAUUUAUUAGCAUAUAGUUUCAGAGCAAACAGCAUUCAAAUUGCAAUUUGAUAAUGGAGAUGACGAUUAGUCUAUAUAUAUUAUGUGUUAUGGUUGAUCUGUUUGUAUUAAUUUAUAUAUCAUCAUCAUUAUUUGGCAUCCUUUUUCCAUGCUGGCAUGGGUUGGACAGUUUGACUGGAACUGGUUAGGCAGAAGACUGCACCAAGUUCCAAUGUCUGUUUUGGUAUAGUUUCUGGGGCCAGAUGCCCUUUUUAAUGUCAACCAAAACAGUGUACUGGUUGCUGUUUUUGUGGCACCAGUGGCAGCAAGGUCAUCGAGUAACUUGCAAGGCAGGACCCCUUAACUGAGCAGGGUAUAAUAUUGCAGGAUAUGAAGGUAUGAUGGAGGAGUAGGGUCAUGUGUCUUGCUGAAGAAGUGAAUAUGAUAUGUACAUUAUUUACAUUGGACGGACAGAUGUCCUCACCUUUAUUGUUACCACAACGUUUCGUCUGAUGUACUCCCCAGCCUUCAUCAGGUGUUCUGGUGGAAUUUCACUAAUGGGGUACUCUCUUCUCAUUCUUAAGUUAUUUUUUGCUGUUAUAGCAUAGUGGUUAAGAGCAUGGGCUACUAACCCCAAUAUUCUGGGUUCAAUCCCAGGCAGUGACUUGAAUGAAUAAUGAUAAUAAUAACAUCAGUAAAAGAUACCUUAGGAAUGAGAAGAGAGUACCCCAUAAGUCAAAUAAAGGGUUAGGUUUGAAAUUCCACCAGGACACCUGAUGAAGGCUGGAGAUUACACCUGAUGAAAUGUUGUGGUAACAACAAACAAGAUGAGGACACCUGUCCAUCUGUUGUAAAUAAUGUACAUAAUUCCUCAUCUCAAAAAUAUAGAACUGGAUAUAAUAUGGUUUACCCAUCUGGAAAGCGAGAGAGAGAGAGAGAGAGAGAGGGAUGUGAGGUCAAGGUAGAAGGUGAAUAUUAGAGAGAGAAAAAUAGAGAUAAAGGAUCAGAAAAGGUGGGUUGGUAGGGAAGUGUAGUAGAGUGUGAAAAAGAAGUGUGACAUGAUUAGAGAUGAGGAUUGAGGCAGAUGCAGGGAUUUUCAGUUUGGAGGUUCGUUAAUCUUUUAGCUUUUACUUGUUUCACUCAUUAAACUUGAAGAAUUUUUAAUCAAAUGAAUCGAUCCCAGUACUUUUAAAAAAAGAAUUUUUUUUUCAAACCUGGUACUUAUUCUGUUGGUAUCUUUUGCUGAACUGCUAAGUUACGGGGACAUAAGCAAACCAGCACUGGCUGUUAAGUGGUGGUGGUGGGGGAAAAACAUAGACACACAAACACACACACACAUAUAUACAAUUGGUUUCUUUCAGUUUCCGUCUACCAAAUCCAUUCACAAGGCUUUGGUCAGCCCAAAGCUAUAGCAAAAGACACUUGCCCAAGGUGCCAUGCAGUGGGACUGAACCUGGAAUCAUGUGGUUGGGAAGCAAGCUUCUUACCACACAGCCUCAGAUGUUGCCAUCAAAUUUUCACCUAAAAUAUACUCAAUGUUACUUUUUUGUAGCAUUAAGGAUUAUAGCUGAACUAUUCCACUUGAAUUUGGAAGUUCUUGACAUUCUGCAAUGUUCUUAAUUUGGUGUUCAAGAAUGGCAGCAGCUAAUUACUUCUAAUUACUGAU